AUGAAAAGACAAUCAAAUACAAUGGAAAAGAAAGGAUAGGAGGAAGAAGAGGUUAAGGAAUAGGGAGUUUAAAAGCGAUAAAAGCUGGAUCAGAAUAACUAAGAAAAGAAGAUUGACUUCAGCGUUCUAAACGAGAGGCAAGAUCAGCAAUAGUCAUAUAUAGACAAACUGAAGCUGAAUUCAUUUAAUGCUUUAAUUGAAAUGAAAGGGAGAAAGGAUUGUCCAAAAUGUAAAUGCAGUAGGAAAUACUUUUGCUAUGAUUGCUAUAUCCCUCUAAAUGAUGAUUUAGCAACUGUUCCAAGAGUAGAUCUACCUAUAGAGGUCACUGUGUAUAUAUAUUUACUUGAGUUAUAUUUUAAUAGAUUGAGACAUCCAAAAGAAAAAAUAAGCAAGAGUUCAAUUGUUGCAUCAAAGAUUGUAGCGCCUGAGAAAGUUCAAAUUGUACAUGAGAUGGAUAUAAGUUCCUUAAGAGAUGAUGACGAGGAUUAUGAUUCUGUUGUCUUACUCUUCCCAACUGACGAUGCUUAAGAGGUCAUUAAAAUGAGUGAAGAGGAGCUUGCUAAAAUCAAGAAAGUUGUCAUAAUUGAUUGCACUUGGAAUCAAACUCAUCACUUCCUCAAAUAGGCUAAUGUGAAGAAGAUUAAAAAAAUCAAGAUCUAAACAGAGAAGACAGUCUUUUGGAGAUAUCAAAGAAUUUCCGAAGCUAACCUUGCAACUAUAGAAGCAUUAUAUUAUUUCUUUAGAGACUAUGAUGUGAACAAAAAUUGCUCAGGAGACUAUGCUAAGUAUGACGGGAAGUAUGAUAACUUACUUUAUUAUUACGCAUUCAACUACAAAUUAAUCCAAUAUGAGUAUGUUGAAGGUUCAAAAAAAGAUAAGAAAUUCAUUAGAAUGGACAACUAUAUUAAAGGUAGAGACGAGCCUGAACAGGAUACUAAACAUCACAAACCAGCAUAUCUAGCUCAAAAUGACAAAAAGGAAUGA